AUGUCUGCCCCACAUUUUUGCAACUUCUGCAAAAACCAUGGCGUCCCUACUCGCUUCACAUACGCCCACAAGUUCUCCUGUCCGUGGAGCGAGUGUGCUUGCGAGCUGUGCAACAGGUUGAGGCAGAGAAACCACUACCGGCGAACUCUCGCAACAAGCAGAAGAAACGCCGCAACAUCAGCUACAUGUACUGCAACAACAGCGACUGGAGGGGCCUCGGCCUUCCCAAUGGUGGCAAACGGAACAAAAACUACUGGAGCCACAUCUUCAGCGGCAGCCAGAGCCGGUAAGGUUUUGUUUUCUUUUUGCUUUAGAUGAUUAAAAAGUUAUCGAGGUUGUAUCGAUAAAAAGGAUCGUAUAAAGGCGUUUUGCUAUUGUGUACAAGAGUUCAGCUCCACGUUUCCUCCGCGUUUCUGGUAUACAUAAGUCUUAAUGAAGAAACGAAACCACUUAAGACCGAUGCCAGUAUAUGAACUAAGAAAUUUUAGCCAGACGCGAUGAUUUUUUUUUGGGGGGGGAGGGGUGCGGCUUUAGUAAACAUCAUUGUCCUUGGCCUUCGUCAUUUUCAUUUUUGUUUGAAGAAGUGUUCACUUUGAUAAUUUUUUUGACAAUUUGUGAAUUUUUGACACUUUAAUGACAAGAUUGGUUUGUCUCAACACAGACUCUACACUUCAUGUGCAUUUUAAAAGUGAACGAAACGCAACCUACAUAGAGUAAGAUUUUUAUUUUGCUAUUAUCCAUUUUUUAAUAAGGACUUCUCUCAAAGUACAUAAGUAGCAAUAAAGACAUUUAAAUGCACGAGAAAUUAGACACUUGGUCGACUUUUAAAUCAGGGCCAGUGUCCUGGAAUAUUUUGCAUUGCAUUUGUGAUUGGUAUUUUUGUGUUUACCAAAAACAACUGUUAGCUGGCUUAACAGGAGCUAUAUGGCUAAUCAGUCAGUAAGGGGUGUGCAAAUAGAUGUAGAUUGCAGACUGGCACUUCGGUUAGACGAAAUAAUGCUCCAGUUAGCCUAUUUAUGGUUAGCUAGCCUAUCCAUGAUGGUAACUACUGGUAACAUGAUUUAAAUUCUGUGUGCAGUCUGCAUAUGUCACACACCAGCCAGUUAGUGAGUCAUGUAUCAGGGACUGUGCAGGGCAAGGGAUCUGGACCUUUUAUGGUUGAUGAGGGAAGAUAAGUAAUGACUUUGUAAUUUUAAUUAAAGAAUUACUGCUGCAAAAUGGUAAAUGAUAAACAAGUGAUAAGAGUAUGCAAGCUUAUACUCCAGGCUUACAGCUAUUUCAAGUAACGUUGUUGGAUCAAAGCUUCAGGCCUACGCGACAUGACCGAAUGGUAGUGUGGGUAGAAGUAGAAGGCUGCUGCACGUGCUGAAUACUAAUGAGGUGUAAUGACUUCGCAGGCUUUUUUUCUUUCUCUUCAAAAGCUACGUAAAAUGACUCCUGAGAGCAAACGCAUUCACUACGAGGCACGCUCAGGCUUCACGCACAAAAAUAAAACCUUGUAGCUUUCAUCUACACAUAUAUGCAAAUUCCAGUGAACAACCCAGACCACCAUUCUGUCUUGUCGCGUAGGUUUGAAGCUUUAAUCCGACAACGUCAACUGAAAUAGCUGUAUACUAUCUUGGUAGACACAGCAGCAUUUGCUUCUGGUGAACAAUCCAGCUGUCCAUCAUCUGAAGACUGA